GACAGGAAACCGAGACAGGCAUACUCCUCGAAACAGCUAGACAUGCUGGAGGCCGAGUUUCGGAAUGACAAGUACCUGAGCGUCAAGAAGAGGCAGGACCUGUCGUUGUUCCUGAGUUUGACGGAAACUCAAAUUAAAACGUGGUUUCAAAACCGUAGG